AUCACGAACUACCGGCAGACAGCAACUACCCUAGCUAGCUCAAUCGUAUCUGUAGCGUACUAGCUAGCUAGUAGCUGUAAUAAGGGGAGAAGAAGUAAAAGUGUGUGGUGGGCGAGGACACCAGAAACGGGUGGAGGUGUGGAGGUCGAGGCAUAAACUUCAACCCUAAUGCGUUUUUCGAUGACUCUGCUCUCCUGGCUCUCAUCUCCUCUUCUCGCCGCUUUCUCGAUCCGUCGUUGCUUCUAAGCUUGUCAACACAGCCAAGAGAGCAGAGAGCUGCCUGUUGUUGUGUUGUGUUGUUUGUCCAACAUUCCGUGCUUUGUGAAAGGUUGUCAAAGGACCCCUUGCUAGCAGCUUUUGCUUGCAGGGUGCCGUUUUUCCGGCCUCGGAGAGAGUUUCGUCUGGAAAGAGCCGCCGUACCACUCCAACCUCUUUCCUUUUUUGGAUUAGUUGGUUAGUCGGUUACCUCUACUACCCUCUUUUUUGGAUUGACAAUGUCGAUCUCCAAGCAAGAUGGAUCACUGGAAAACGGAGCUCUGGGACUGGAGCCAAGCAAUGAAAGUGUGGACGGUGAUCACGAGGAUGACGACGACAUCGAGGAAGAAGAAGAGCUGCACUUUUGCAUGGUCCGACCGGCCGACAUUCCGAGGUGCGUGGCGAUUGAAAAGGCAUCGUAUCCUCCUUCGGAAGCCGCGUCCAAGAGCAGUCUGCAGUAUCGUCAACACCAUGCCGCUCCCUAUUUUCGAUGCGCCUAUAUGGGAAGUGAUGAUGACGAUAAGGAGGUGAUUGGAUUUAUCUGUGCUACCCGAUGUCACGAGUUUGAUCACGAGUCCAUGUCGACCCACCAUUCCGAGGGUCCCUUGUUGGCCAUUCACAGCGUCGUGGUCACUGAAGAACAUCGUCGAAAGGGUGUGGCCACAGCCAUGCUCAAGGACUACAUUGAACAAAUGCGCAUAAAGGCGGAUGGAGUCCAAAAGUUGGUGUUGAUGUCCAAAAAACAGUUGCUGGCCUUUUACGUGGACUGUGGUUUCUCUGUCAUUAAACCAAGCUCCAUCGUACAUGGGGACGACCAAUGGUAUGACCUAGAAUUGGAUUUGAGUGCUCACAAAAGCAUUGGACGUCCCUACUACAUUGUCGACAGCUUUGCCAAUGUUGAUGUCCCGGGAAGUGGCAACCCAGCCGCCGUGGUGAUUCUGAAAUCUACCAAGGACAAUGUUAUUGAUCCCAACGAGCCACAACUACUGUCCUGGAUGUUGAUUGUGGCCAAGGAAUUCAAUCUAUCCGAAACGGCGUAUGUAUGGUUACAUGAAGAUCACAAGAGAGGACAGGAACGUCAUUGGUACAUUCGGUACUUUACGCCCACGGUGGAAGUGGAUUUGUGCGGCCAUGCCACACUGGCUGCGGCCGGAAUCCUCUACCGAACCAUGUCCGAACGGAAUGCCGGUUCCAAUAACAAGGUAGUAGUGUUUCAUGCCAAGGAAGAUAUCCUGACGACAACGCUAGCGCCCGCGGGUCUUAAGGUCGUCAAGAAACGACCCGCCACCAAGAUUGCCAUGAAGUUUCCUGCCAAGGAACCAAAGGAAAUCACAGAAGAAGCCGAUGUGGAAGCGGUGCAAAAGAUUUUAUGGGAGGCCUUCAAAGUACCCUCGGAUGUUAUUCUGUUUAUUGGUCUUUCGGAUAUUGGAGAUGUCUUUGUCGAACUGACGCCAGAUGCCUUUGAUGCGAUUGGCUACGACAACAUCCAGUACAAUGCCUUCCUUCAGUGGGAUGGAUACACGAGGGGCGUGGUCGUUUGUUGUGAGGCUCGGCCCCCCUCUCGUACGACCGAAAAGGCAACGGAUCUGGAUGAGACCGCGUCCGUUGCCACAUCCACCUCUUUGACCACGGCGGAAGGGGAUGCGGUGGAAUCCCUCGACUUUUUCUCCCGGUUCUUUGGGCCCAAGGCCGGGAUCAACGAAGACCCAGCUACAGGGUCGGCCCACUGCUCUUUGGGACCUUACUUUAGUAAGAAGCUUGGCAAAGAGCACGUGGUUGGAAAGCAGGCAUCGGAGCGUGGCGGCAUUGUGGAAUGUCAUGUGGAUGGCGACAGCUCUGUCACGAUAUCAGGUGUUGCCGUACAAACAAUGACAGGGAAUCUACUCCUGUAGUCCCUAACGCUGAUAAGUAUAGAUAGUACAGCUAUUACUGCCGGCGAUCCAACUGGUACAUACAUGU